CAACUAUUUUGUAUAUUUUUUAGUUUGUAUUUGUUUAUUUUUUAUAUUAUUUCAUUGAUGUUUUUAAAUUGCCGCUAGUAAUUUCACACAUGCGUAUUUAAAUCACCUCCUACCCUAAAUACCGGACAUUACAGAUUGCAGCAAACGACAGUGGCAUCAUCAUCAAGGAGAGUAGUGUAAGAAAAGGACUUUCCAUUUAUUUGAUUUCGUGAAAAUUAGUGUAAAAAAUUGUGAAAAAGUGAUUAGUGUGGAGACUUUAUGGAAUGGAAAACUCAAACUCGGAAGGCGUCGUCCUACCGGACAUUUCCGAAGCCGAACAUCUUGCGAGUGAGCACGAUGGCGGCGAUAAUGGCGAUUCUGUUGUCGACUCAAAGAAAUCACUCGUGUCGACUGUUUCCGUAAGACAUGCUGGUGUUCCAGUUACCCUUCCCGUGGGAUCCCUUAUCACUAGCACAUUUAAUGUUAUUACCCAGGACCAAAUCCCUCAUUUUAAGCCUAUGAUAUGCGUGGAUAACAGCGGAUAUUUAGCUGCUGAUGGCUCUACUGGGGAACUUAAAACUAUUGUUAUUCAACAGGAAGAUGUUUCAGGGGGUUCAUCCGUAAAUACUCCCGUGUCUUCCGCUUCAGUUGGAAGUUGGAAUGAUGCCGCUAAUGCUGCUGUUUUACCAGUACGGUGUAAAAAUACUUCUGCUGAACUUCACAAAUGCAGAUUCGGAUCAGGAGGUAGGGGGCGUUGCAUAAAACUUGGUAAUUCCUGGUAUACCCCAAGUGAAUUUGAAGCCCUUUGCGGGAGAGCUUCGAGUAAGGACUGGAAAAGAAGUAUUAGAUUUGGAGGAAGAAGUUUACAAACUUUAAUUGACGAAGGUAUAAUUCUUCCUCAUGCAACAAGUUGUACAUGUGCAGCGUGUUGUGAUGAUGAAACAGCCACAGGCCCCGUUAGACUCUUUACCCCUUACAAGAGAAAGCGGAGAAAAGAAAAUGACUCAAUCAAAAGAUCUAAUGGGGAGGACAGUGACCAUCAGUGCAAAGAAGAAGCAUGGCAGAAUUUAGCAGAAGGGCUCGAUUCAAAUGAUUACCAAUUAAUAGAACCAGUAGGAAAUAUUGACCCUCAAAUGCAGAUUAAAAGGCUGGAAGAAAUUGCGCUCCAGAUAAAUAGGUUGGCAUUGGAGUUCCGAAGAGGAAUAGAAGACUUGAAAGAUACAAUGAACAGGCAGAGUGAGAAAUACCAGAGAGAAAAAGAAGCUGGCGAAGCUGCUAUAUUGGCCGCAAGAGUGGAAGCUCAAGUAGCUGCUAUGCAACCUGAGGGCACAUCUGAUACCACAUUACAACCUUCAAUGGAUAAUGAAAAUCAUAAGAAGUGUGCCAAUUGCAACAGAGAAGCCCUAGCAGAAUGUUCAUUAUGUAGACGAACACCUUAUUGUUCCACAUUUUGUCAAAGGAAAGAUUGGGCAUCACAUCAGGUGGAAUGUGUAAGGGGAGUCGCUGCAGCGACAGGGGAAGCACAGCAGUCAAUCAUGCUUAUUGUUGAAAGCACUGACCAACAGUGAUAAAUUGUACAAUUUGAUGUAUAUCUACAUGUUUUCUGGUACCAAAUGUUGUGUAAAUGUUGUAUAUAAAAGUUUUUCUUUAAGACUAAUGGGUACACUUUAUUUAAAGAAAUUUUUUGUCUACAUUUUUUUAUAAAUUAGAGUUUGGUUUAUAAUAUGGUUGAAGAAAUAUCUUUAUAUUGUGUAGAUGUCACGAUUCUAAAAAAACGACUUUUAAAGAAAAGUGUAAGUUAACGAAUCUCUGAACAAAAAAUGUUUUUGAAUUAAAGGAAUAUUAUAAACAGCUGUAGAGUUUUUAGCAAUUUUACUUUCUUGAAAGUAUAUACCAGUGAGCACAGCCUAUUCUCUUUUUGCAAAUAUUUUUGUAGAAAUGCUUUUUAUUUUUAUUAAAUUAUUUAAAUAUUUAUAUCUUAAUCAUUCUGUGUAUUACUGAUGACUUUCUCGUGUCUUCCAUUCAUUGUAUACUUUAUAUUAUGUUUAUAUGUUACAUUCAUUGCAUACUUUAUAUGUGUUCUCAAGUUCUGAGCAUUCUUUUGACUGAAUUUUUUCUCGACUUUCCUCAAGGCCAAAUUAUAACCAAAAAUUAUAAAUUUAGUAUAAUUAUGUACCCUAUAGUCAAGCUAUAGUGAACUUUAUGCCUUUUGUCAUAACUUUGACCUCUAACACAGUUUAUGUGUUCAAAAUAUUUGCACCUCAGUGAAGACAGCAUUCACUGUAUUGUAACUUUUGUAUUUGUUAACAAAUAAUUAAUUGUAGAUAAUUAAUGGUGAUCUUCAUUUUUGGAAUAAGAACACAGAAUUUCGAAAUUUGUAAGUAAAUUAUUUACAAACGUUUUGCCACUGUGAUAAAUUUAUAUACAAAAUUGUAAAGUCACACAACUUUAUUUGUUAACUUAAUUUUAUUGAAUAA